UCGCUGCCUAGUUAGCCCUUUCAUGAGAGCUGCUUCGUUGAUUCAAGGAAACAAAGCAUUGCUGGCCCAGAAGCAAAAUUGGAAGGCAGCUGCCUUCCUUCUCUCUUCAUUUCCAGAAGUUCAAUUGCAGGCCGAUGAAUUCAGCUAUGGUUCCACCAUCAGAGCCUGCGGCAGUGCCUGGCUUCAGUCGCUCCUCCUUUGCAACCAGAUGAGGCUUCGGUUGCUCCGCAGAAACCUUGUGAUCUUCAGCUCAUGCAUUUCCGGUGCAAAGGAAGCAGCUCAAUGGCCAGUCUCCUUGGAAUACUUCGGCCAGAUGUGCUCAGCCCUUGUGCAAUGCGACACCGUUUCCUUCAACGCUGCGUUGAGUGCGUUGCCGCAGUGGCUCAUGGCAAUUCACCUGAUGGGGAUUUCUUGGGAAUUGAGAUUGGACGCCUUCAGCUACAGCAGUCUCCUCAGCCUUCGCACAGCAUGGCUGUUGCCCCUUGAAUGGCUGCAGAAGAUGCGGCGUUUGUCGCUGGUCCCAGAUGUCUUUUGCGUUUCGUCACCACUGACAUCGUUGAGGAAAGAAUCUGACUGGCAACUUGCAUCACAAGUCCUUGACUCCAUGACCCUGCAGAAGAUUCAGGGAAACUCAGUGAUGUACGCUGCAAGCGACUGGCAGAUGUCAUUGGCCCAAGGACUGCGGCUGCGCGCGGGGCGAAAUCUGGCCCCCAUGAUUCUUAGCUUCAAGAGUGGAUGGAGAAGAUGUGUGGCUGGAUGGGUUGAAGCCACGCUUUGA